GCAUCUGUGACAGACCAUAAGAAACUUUACUCCUUCACCGCAAGAACGCACCACUUUCUGACUUUAAAUUUGGAUAUACGACUGGUCGGCCGACAUCCAGAGAACUUUAUAUUCAGGAUACUUUUAGGAAAAAAAUCUUCUCAAUAAUAUGGGAAAAGAAAAUAUCAGUUUUUUGACAGUUUGGAUAAUUUUGGGGAAAAUCAUUGCAACUUUUUCUACUGACCCUGAACCCACCACCACCAGUACUGAGUUUGCAAACAGCACCAUUGUCGCCACUCCGCUGCCGACCACCGCUGAAUGGAUCACAGACUACAGUGACAUUGUGUCCAAGUUCUCUCUGGGUAUGAUGGACAUCCCAGAUGAUGAAGUGUGCUACAUCGUUCCUGGCAGGCCAGAGACCAUCAAAGAGUGUCAGUUCAACCCCGAAACACAGACCUUCAUCGUGAUACACGGUUGGACGGUAACAGGGAUGUUCGAGAGCUGGGUGCCCAAGCUGGUGUCUGCCCUCUAUGAGCGUGAGCCCACAGCCAAUGUGAUCGUGGUGGACUGGCUGACCCGUGCCAACCAGCACUACCCAACAUCUGCAGCCUACACCAAACUAGUGGGCCGUGACGUUGCCAAGUUUGUGACUUGGAUACAAAAAGAGCUGCAGUUGCCCUGGGAGAGGAUUCAUCUGCUGGGUUACAGUCUGGGAGCACAUGUGGCUGGAAUUGCUGGAGACCUCACUGACCAUAAAAUCAGCAGGAUCACAGGCCUGGAUCCUGCUGGGCCCACCUUCGAGCACGCAGACAACCAGAACACCUUAUCCAAAGAUGACGCUCAGUUUGUAGAUGUCCUGCACACCAACACCAGGGGCUCCCCAGACCGCAGCAUCGGCAUCCAGAGACCCGUGGGCCACAUUGAUAUUUACCCAAAUGGGGGCACUUUCCAGCCAGGUUGCGACAUCCAAAACACAUUGAUGGGCAUCGCAUUAGAAGGCAUCAGGGGCCUCCAAAAUAUGGACCAGCUUGUCAAAUGUUCCCACGAGCGCUCCAUCCACCUGUUCAUCGACUCGCUGCUGAACAUCGAGCAGCAGAGCUUGGCCUAUCGCUGCAACUCCAAAGAGGCCUUUAACAAGGGCUUGUGCCUCAGCUGCAGAAAGAACCGCUGCAACAAGCUCGGCUACAACAUCAACAAGGUCCGCUCCACCCGCAGCGCCAAGAUGUACCUCAAGACUCGUGGAAUGAUGCCUUACAAAGUCUUCCACUAUCAAGUGAAGGUGCACUUCUUCAGCAAGGAGCCACUGAGCUUCACGGAGCAGCCGAUGAAGAUUUCGCUGUAUGGAACCCACGGAGAGAAGGAGGACAUUUCCUUCGUCCUGCCGGUCCUGAAUGGAAACACCACCUUGUCCUUCCUCGUCACCACCGAUGUGGACAUCGGAGACCUGAUGAUCGUGAAGCUGCGUUGGGAGAAGGACACAAUCCUCAGCUGGUCAGACUGGUUUGGCAGCAGCAAGUUCCACGUCCGCAAGCUGCGCAUCAAGUCUGGGGAGACCCAGUCUAAAGUGAUCUUCAGUGCAAAGGAUGGAGAGUUUGUCUACCUUGUCAGGGGAGGAGAAGCUGGAGUCUUUGUCAAGUUAAAAGAAGACAACGUGAGCCGUAAAGAGAAACUGAUGCACAAGCUGAAAAUGCAAGGAAGUCUUUUUGGGCAGAAUGAUGCCUGAAGUUGCACUUGAAUGCACAUCCCCACCCAUCCUGCGCAUCAUCCGUGUGUACAUACACAGCCAAAGAUAGACAGUGCACCACACUCGCUGGGAAAGCCUUUGCAAGUAACUGGACACUAACUGAAUGCUGCCUUUUUUCUCGUUUUCUUCAUGUUAUGCCUCCCAGCUUCACUUCCCAGUGCAACCAACACAACCUCAUCCACAGUACUGGAAAUCAGUCUGCUCACGAGCUCUAUCCUGUCUCUGCGCAAAUUGUGCUGCUGAAAAAUGUUUCUUUGUGAUCAUGUGCUCACGUUUGACAAAUUUACACGUUCAGUAUUUUUUUUGCUGCAUAUCUUUGUAAUCAUUUGUUUAUGCGUUUAUAGUCUAUAUGUACUGUUUAUACUGAUUUUGAUGUAUUUCGAUACCGUGUGUUUUCUUUGCCUACGUGAACUUGGAUUAUUGUAAAUGUACAAAUGAUUCAGAGUGAUGGGCGUAAUUUAGGCGCAUGUUUUUGUUUUUUGUUUUGUUAUUUUUUAAAAUGUGCAAAACGAUAAUUUUGUCCCUAAUGUUUUUCUUUACCUAACAACUAAUUCCCAACAAUCAACAGGGACCAAAGAAGUAUUUGUUAUCUACUGAACAGAGAAUCACAGUGGUCUUUGUAAAUACCUUUUUGAUCAGUAUGAUAUAUUUUUUUGAAAAUGAGUCAUGUUAAUAUGUCUCUUGAAGCCUUGCUGGUUCUUCGAUUUCAUUUUAGUUAUUGUGUCACUGGUCACUUUAAAAGGCUCUCCGUCCCCUGUAGCCAUUUACGUGUGAAGGUCAUUGAGAUUGUGAUCCAGCAGGGAUAUGCAUUUUAUGGUAAUUUUUCAUAAAAUUCAGUUCACCUUUUAAAUGUUCCAGUAAAGGCUGGGUGUUCCUCAAUUACAUAAUGAAUGGGUCAACAGUUUCUUACUUGCAACAGUUUACCUCAUUGACUAAGCUCAGUCCAUAACGUGCCCUUAUUUUGAAAGGUCAAACAAUGCAAAAUUGAGGAAAAUAAACAGGCAAGUCAAUUUGUGAUGGGCUAGCCUACAUGAUAGCCAUAAAACAUCUCAAGAAUACUUCAUAUUGUAUUUAUUGAAUGUACAUUUAUAUAUGUGUAUAUUAAGCUGUAAUAUAUUUUGGCAGGCUUCCAGUGUUGUCUGUGUUUUUAUAAAUGAAGAGUUUUGUGAUUUUAUGCUCGAGGCUUUUGAAAGAUUGAUCAAAUUGGUCUCCAUGCCAACUGUUCAGUGCAUUUGCUUUCAUGAGCUGAGAUGCAGUGAACUGUUUAAAUAAAGAGCCAAGGAUGGUUUAAUAAAGUGAUAAAUCACAUAAUUCAAUA